UGCGUGCCUCUCCCCCAGGAGCUCGAUGAUUACUUGAGCCACUCUCGUCAAAAAAUUGACAUGCUCACUGUCAUGGUGCAGCAUGCCCAGGAUAUUAUCACCAAAGGCGGGGCGGAUACGGAGUACGAGGUGCCAGUAACAAACGGAGUUGAAACGUUCGUAUCCAUGACAGUUCCACGUUUUACAGACGACCAGUUCAGUCAGCAUUUUCGUAUGACAAGAGCCACAGUUGAGAUGCUUUCCAAAGAAACAGCUGCACAAAUGAAAAGCUCAUCAUCAUACAAAAUACCACUUAUGACAAAGAUUUUGAUGGCGCUGUGGAUCCUCGGGAAUGAAGAGUCAUAUAGGGAAGUAGGAAACCUCUUUGGUUGCAACAGAGGCCUGGUGUUCUACAUCGUUCAAGAAAUGGUAACAGUGUGGAGCAAGCUAGGUACACAACGGAUUUCGUGGCCAACAAACCUUGCCCUGGUCUCUUCGGAAUUUCAACAAAAAUGGGGAUUUCCCGGUACAAUUGGUGCCGUUGAUGGGUGCCAUAUUGCCAUUAAGGCCCCUGUUGUUGAGCAGAGUGCAUACUACAAUAGGAAAGACUUUCAUUCGGUGAUCCUCCAAGGAUGCUGUGACGCAAACCUAAUUUUCACGCACGUGUACAUUGGGUCCCCUGGGAGGAUGCACGACGCUAGAGUGUACACCAACUCUGGUCUCGAGGAAUUGCUCAAAGAGCUACCAGGAGAGAUGCAUGUGCUUGGAGAUUCUGCUUACCCACUGCGAACAUAUUUGAUGAGACCUUUCAAAGACAACGGGCAUCUCUCAAGUAGGCAGCAGACCUUCAACACAAAGUUAAGCAGGGCACGCAGCGUUAUUGAACGUGCUUUUGGCAGGUUGAAAGGUAAAUUUCGUGUACUAAAACAUCUGGACAUGAGCCGCCAAGACCUCAUUUUGAAGUUUGUGAUGUCAGCUUGCUUUCUCCACAACUUCAUCUUGGUUAAUGAAUGUGAUAAUGAUAGUCAGGAUUAUGAGCCAGAGGGCAGGCACCAGGCCCCCUCAGAUAGCAAUGACGAGGACAGCAGUGGCCAGGAAAAACGUCAGCGAAUUAUGGACAUGAUCUGUUAAGAAAGAUAGGGUGUUAGCUGUCACAAUACAAAGUGCAAGACAAACAUGGCACUGUAAAUUAAUUUAUUUGUUUGAGCUACCAACAAUUACUCAAAUACAUCACACUGUGAAUGUGCAUUGCACUAUAAAAAAAUAGAUAAGAAAAAGCAGGUAUACUUAAAUGAAUGUAUCACAGCUAUAUCACAACCGUUAUCUUGGAACUUCCACAAACCACGUGCAACUCUCAUGGGGCAGUUUAUGUUUACUUUAAAAAAAACUCCAAUAACUUUUCUAUCCGUGCUACAGGAACAUCCUCAGGAGUGUUGUGAACAUGUUACAAAAUAGUGCAACGAAAAAAAUGACAAAUGAACAAUGAACAUGAAAAAAAUGAACAAUGACAAGCAUCGGUAGAAAAGUCAGCACGGACAAUGUGAGAACACACAACUGUGUGUAAAGACUGAAUACAUUUCAACUCUCUUCAGUGUAUGCAUGUUGUGCUAGUUAAUAAAGUCGUUAUAUUUAUAAACUGC